AUGAUAAAUGCUUAUGCAGCGCCAAAAGAAAAGCGGUCAGCUGUGGGAAGAAACUUUAAAGUGAGCAUAAAAUUCUUAAGCAAAAAAAAAUGUUCGCGAAAUGAAAAAAAAAAAAAAAAAAAAAAAAAAAAAAAAAAGAAAAGCAGUAAAGUUGCAGUCAAGUCAACUGGGGGAAGGCGAACAUAUGCAGAGCCGGCGCCACGGCAUACGCAAGUGCAUAAGGGUAGCGGCGCCACUCCCUUUUUCUUUUUGCCGCCAAUGAAAAAAGUGCUCAGCGCGGCGCAGCAAACGUAUGACAUUCUGUUGACGGGGAGGGAAUACACGUUUGGUUUGUUCCCCCCGGCGCUUCUCCCAUUUUUCCGCUUCCAGGUUUGGCGGCGCCGUUGGGAAAAAAGAAGAAAUAAAAGGAAAAAGAAGGAAAAAAAAAAAGAAAAAAAAAGAAGAAACACAUAUCUACACUGCUUCAUUAAAACCAAUUGAACUUGCGCCCUCCCCCUUUGCCGCCCCUCCGCAUCACAUGGCUCAGUUGGGAAAAAAAAAAAAAUUAAUCAAAUUAGCAGCGGAACGGUGGUACGCAUAACAUGUAACCGUUUAGGGGUUGUUCCUCUGGGGGGAUGAGCGCUUCGAAUGGAGUAGCCCAAUGACAAAUGGACCCAUAAAUGCAGCCACCCCUCUCUUUCAUUGGUUUAGUUCCCCCAGGGUGGCCGUAACGCCGGGUUGUGCACCGAUGGGUAUGACGUUGUUGACGUGGGCGUGGCAACCCCUCCCGUACCCCUUCACUGAUCGCCCCUGCUGGUAAUAACCCCCCAAUGGAAAGACCUACACCUUCUUGAGCGUACGGGUGGGGGGGAACCCCCAUGCAACUGCCUGGCCUACCAAGCUGUGCCCCUUUCCGCUUGCGCACACGUAUGCCCGCAUGACGGGUAAAAUUUAAAAAGAUGCCUGUGGAAAUAUUCGUAAC